CAACUUCAUUUCUUUACCAAUAAAUUUCGUUUUCACUUUUACUAGCAUUCAUAUGUUUUCCGCUCUGACAAGAUGAAGCUGACUGCUGCAGUUUUCCUCGUGACUACAAUUUUAUUGGCCUCAAAAUCAGCUUUGAGCAUCAGAUUUCCGGAUCGGAUCUCUAACCCGGAUGGAGCAACCGAUCAGAUCCUUCGUACUGCGGUUUUUGCCCUGGGUAGUUUCUGGAGGUCCGAGGCCGCGUUUGGUUGCCUGGAUGGCGUCAUAAGGACCUCUGCCGGUUAUGCCGGCGGAUCCAGACCAAGUCCAGAGUACCGAAGCUUAGGUGAUCAUGCGGAGUCUGUUCAGAUAGAAUAUGAUCCUCAGAUCAUUAGUUACAAACAGCUACUUGAUGUAUUUUGGACUAGUCAUGACUCCAGACAAGUAUUUGGGCAAGGUCCUGAUGUUGGAAAUCAAUACCGGUCCAUAAUUUUCACUAACGGGACAGAAGAAUCCAGGUUUGCUGCUAUUAGCAAAGAAAGGGAGCAAACUCGAUCAAGGAAUAGCGUCAUCACCACUCAAAUCCAGCAGCUAGAAACAUUUUAUCCUGCGGAAUCUGAACAUCAGAAAUUUGAGCUCAAACGAAAUCCAUUUCUUCUCCAAUUAAUUGGCAACUUGCCAGAAGAAGAACUCGAGAGAUCCACCCUCGCAACAAAACUCAACGGCUAUGCAGCAGAGCUUUGUCCACCUAGGAUGCAAAGGCAGAUUGAUGCCAAGAUAAAUGACAUCAUAAGGAAAGGUUGGCCAAUCCUAAGGGCAAUUUAGCUUAGUGCAUUCUUCUUGUCCUGGUUGAUACAAAAUCCUGCUGUUCGACUUUGAGCAGUCAAGUUUAGACCAAAAUCAACCAGCUGACAUUGAUAUUCAAUGUUUAUAGUAGGACUGUCUCCACUUGUUACACACUGAAGUAUCUCAAACGGGCGUUUUCAACUGAGCUCUCUCUCGAUGUCGUUAUCAGCCUCGAACUUAUUCAACUGUAGUUUGUGCCAGGGUUUUCACCAUUUUUUGAGAAUCCAUGAGUCAACUUGGCUAUAUUUGUAAUUCAAUUGUAUGACAUAAAUACUGCUGCUUUAGUACAUAAAAUUAUCACGUACUACAGAUUAUGAAAAUUUAUGUGCCAUUGAUGACCUCGAAGUAGAGCUAUAAACGAACCGAACCUUUGCAAACAAAAGCUCG